AUGAAACGAGGUCGAGAAGAAGAUAGCGAUGGGGAUCAAUCCUUUAUGUCGUCGCCAUUGUCAAUUUGUCGGGUGUUCACAUUGGAGAACUUUUCACAAUCAAUACUGACAAAGAGACUUCAGAUUCAUCAGAUACAUACGGAUGUACAUCAUAAAACGGUAGAGAUGAUGAUGAAUGCGCAAUUGCGACUACAACGAGAGGAAGAAGAACAAAAACAUAGAGAUGGGACAAACGGUCAACUUACUAAUUCAAAUUUAAGUUCAGAUCCAGAUUCAAAUUCAAGUUCAAGUUCGGAUCCAAAUUCAAAUUCAAGUUCAAGUACAUAUUAUCAGAAACCAUAUUGGUAA